UUGUCUCUGGAGAGGAUUCAAAAUAUAUAUAUGUUUCUUAAAGUAGCCAAAGUUGAUAAACAAAUGAACACAAAGAUGAUGAGCUACUCAUGCGGCUGCCACACCCUUGUCAUGCUACUUUUCAUCUUCGUGCUUGCAUCUCUGGCCGCUGGAGAGGACAACCCUUUGUUAGAGUUAUUAUCAAACAGAGAUGAAGUGGUGCACAUUGCAGGCUAUGGAGAGGAGAAGCUAUCCACAGUCCUCAUCACAGGUUCAGUUACUUGUCAGGCACCACACCAACCUCAUGCAUGGCCACUGCAAGGAGCUUGGGUUGGUUUGAAGUGUGACAGCCAUGGGAGAAAGUGGAAGGGGAAAGGGUCAGUGGUAGCAAGAGGUGUAACUGAUGAAUUUGGAGAGUUCAUAGUUGAUCUCCCUUCUCACCUUCAUGCUAUUCCUAACUUGGAAAAGGUAUGUUCAGUAAAAAUCCAUCGGAUUCCAAAGCGAUCAUUUUGUCGAGCAGUUGGUGUGAAGAAACAGAAGGAACUCAGCCUCUCUUCCUUUGGCAAUGGCAUUCGCACUUACAAUGCUGGAAACAUAAGGAUCCAGCAUGCCACUUAAUUAACUUCCAAUCCACUGCACUCACACCACGCAAACAUGAAUCUUCAACCAUGCCUCAUUAGGAUGGCGCUUAAAGUCACCGUAUUGGGUUGCAUGCGUUGCUUUUAAAACUGUCUUUGUGCAUAAUUACAUUCUCUUUCACUUUUGUAAAAGACCAGUGUUUGGUGAUGUAGUUGAGAAGUUCAUAGGAAUUGUUCCUUCAUACUAUUUUUCAAACCAGUUGUGCCCACUUGCAAUAUCCACCACGGGGACCUUGAAA